AUGACGCCUGCAAAAUCUAAAACGCAACCCCGGUCGUUGGCUCGGGUCGCGGAGCCUAGCAGCCGAUCCAGUAUGUCUCUGGGGCCUAAAUUAGAAUGUCCGUCGUGCAAGAAGCUCUACAAGAAUAAAAUUACGCUAACAAGACAUAUGAGAUACGAGUGUGGUGAUAGACGACCUUUCGCUUGUCCUUUGUGUGAAUACAGGACCAAGCAGAAGUUUCAGAUCAAACUACACAUUGUCAAGAAACACAAGGAAUUGUUGGAAAGUGCAGAGCCCACUCUGCACUACAAAGUCAAACUGGACAAUGGUUACAUUGGCAAGAGAGAAAUCGAUCGAUUGAAGAGAACAUCAGUGCCAGAAACACCAGACAGCACACACUCCAGCUCAUCUCCUAUAAAAGAAAAUACCAGUUCUCAACAAUGGGACGUGACAUUUAAGGAUAAUGAUCUGGAAAAUGCAGAAAUCAGCCUUCAACCCAGAGAAGAUAUUAAUACUCAAUCAGCAUUCAGGACUCUCCAAGUCCCAGGCGGCUCAGUGAAAUACCAGUGUCUGCGUUGUGACAAAAUCUACCUACACCGGGGCAGCCUCAGCAAACAUCUGAACUACGAGUGUGGCGACCGACGACCGUUUGUCUGCACGUUCUGUCCAUACAGGUCCAAGCAGAAGGGCAACCUCAAACUUCACAUCUAUAACAAGCACCAGCAUCAGAUUGUUGAGUCCGAGAAUAUUUCUUGAACAUUUCUGAAGACA